AUGGCCAAAGAUUUAUUCGCAGUAUUGCGGCAGAAUAAUGAACUGCCUAAUCUUCCACCUGAAACAGAAGAACCCGUUAUAGUAGAAAGUAGUUCUCAGAUAGACACUUUCUUCACUGAAAUCGAGUGGAUUCGAAGAGAAAUUGAAAAGAUUCGGAUAGAAAUCGGUCAGGUUAAAACAAAACACGGUGAAAUUCUAUCAGCACUUCAGCAAAAUCCAAAAACUAAAGCACAAUUAGAAGAACUUAAUGAAAAUAUUAAAAAAUCAGCUAGUCAAGUUUGUGUUAAACUCAAAGCACUGGAACAAUCAGUCAAAGUACAGGAAGCUAAGGAUGAUGCAUCAGCUGAUCUACGUAUUCGUAAAACUCAGCACAAUACAAUGGUUCGAUCAUUCAUGAAUGUUAUGCAAGAGUAUAAUAAAGCUCAAACAGAUUUUCGUGAUGCUAGCAAAGCUCGUAUCAAACGACAAAUUGAGAUAUCUCGGCGAUCAGUUACAGAUGAAGAAUUGGAAGAUAUGCUUGAGUCUGGAAAUCCACAGAUUUUUACUCAAGGUAUCUUAACAGAUACUCAACAAGCACGUCAAAAUCUCGCAGACAUUCAAGCACGUCAUAUGGAUAUUAUUAAUUUGGAGAAGAGUAUCCGAGAGUUACACGAGCUAUUUUUAGACAUGGCUUCCUUAGUUGAAACACAGGGCGAACUGAUUGAUCGAAUCGAUAUCAACGUAAAACAAACACAAGAUUAUGUUGCAGAAGCACGACAAGAAACUAAAAAAGCAGUCGUGUAUAAGAAAAAAUCUCGGAAGUUUUUCUGAUCACUGUAAACUGAUUCAUUGUUGUUAUGGUUGUUGUAUGUGGCAAUUCUUGUUUAGUUAUUUCCUUGUGUUUUUCGUUUCUUUUAUGUAUAUAUUAUUUACAUAUUUAUAUAUAUAUAUUAGCUGUUUAAUUGUGUGCAUCGACUCAAGGCGACUGUGUACAUUAUCUCAUUACCAUGUGAUUCUCAGCAUUAUGUUUAUCAUUUUUACGCAUCCCGUCUCACAUAUACGUUGUUCAAAAUGUUUUCCGUCUACUCUUAAUAUAUUAUUUAUUGAUAUUAUUCUCUUUAGUUUGCUGUUUAUUGAUUUCUUUUUACUGGAACAAGAGGUUUGAUUUCUAUUGUUGACGAGUCUCAACUAAGAUGAAAUGUGGAUCCUAGAUUCCACUAUCCACUAAACAACACUUUCGGACACUUUUAUAAAGAUUUUAGUGUUUUGUCUCCACGAGUUGAUCACGGAUUGAUAUUACUUAGAGAACCAUUGAAACCCAGGGAGUACUGGAAGUACGCACCCACUGCUAGAGCUCGAACCCAGGACCUUCCGGUUACAAGGUAAGCAAGCUCGUAUACCAUUCAACCACUGGGAACCGAUCCGAUGACCAGCCCAUGAAUUAUAACUCGUAUCAAUCUGUGAUUUAGCGUGACCCCAACCAAUGUCAUCGGUGGGACAUCCAUCCUCACACGUGACAUCUGGAUGGACCUCGCUGGGCAAGACUUCUUACUAGAACUCCAGGAAACUCUGUCAUGUAGCAAGUCACUAGCGAGCAUAGGAUUAAUUUUCUUUAGUUGGUUUGUAAGGAUUAGAUUUUUUUUACGAGUUGACCACGGAUUUCUACCAGUGUCCGAAUGCUAUACAAGCUAGCUUGCCUUGUAACUGGAAGGUCCCGGGUUCGGAACCCAGUGUGUGUGUACUGCCGAUGAUUCCCAAACUAUGAUGGAGGAAACAGCUGUCCAGUACUCCAGUGCUGGUUUUCAAUGGUUCCCUAACUGAUAUCAAUCCGCGAUCAACUCGUAAAAAACAAAACUAAUCCUUACAAACCAACUAUAGAACGUUAGUGUUUGAUAAACUAUACUAGAGAAAAGAAUACAUCAGAGUUCUACGUUUUCUUAUUGCUUACUUCUAUCGUUUAAACAUCAUCAUCCAUGAAAGUUAUUCAUUUUUACCCAUAUUAUCAAAUCAAUAAUUUCAGUAAUCGAAAUUAGUUAGAGAAUUAUUACAACCCAGAAAGCAGUCUAGUUUGGGAUUCUUCAACAUUCCGAACUUAUAAACUACGCCACUAUAGUUUCAACAUAGCAUUCUCAGGUUGUGUAUAAGUGUGUGUAUACUUUGACAGUUUGUUAUAUUUUGAUUGGACACUAGUAACUAGUGUGCCGUGUCUAGUCCUUUGCUUGGUGCAGACUGAAUUUUGUCAGUCAGGUCUGCAAUGUAGCCACCAUUCUAAGUACCCCGCCAUCACGGUGCACAUUGAUUUGAUGAUAUUAGAUGGUUGGAGACAAUCGGUAGGAAACCUUCCACUAGGGUUCCGUGCUACUUGGCUCAGGAGGUCAAUCGCGAACCUGAAUAGCUCAACGACAACGUCUCUGACUGAAGGCGGUACUGGGUGACGUGGUUUCGAAUUUCAGAAGGGACAUGAGUUCCUUCAAAGUUGCAGAUACGCUUAGCUGACUGUUGAGUGCCAACUUGCACGAAACCUAGGUCCAAGGCUUUCUGCCUAUUGCCUCCAACCAUCUAAUAUCAUCAAGUUUGUUAUAUUCUAACAUAAUCUCAUCAGACCGUGGAAAAACUGUUCAAAAUAGACUAAAUUAUUAAAUUUAAUCAAACAACGUGCAUGUAUUUGUAUCCUGGCUUUAAAAAACUUGUUUUAAUUCGUAUUCUUUAAUAUAUUAUGGUACAGCAAAACUUUAUAUAUGAUGAAUAGUAAUCGUUCCUUUGCGAUUUUUUCCCGUCAUCAGUAGUAUUGUUAAACUUUUUUCUAGGUAUAUUCUUGAGUUUCUCAUUUGUCAAACAGUGACAAUCAUGAUGAUGAUGAUGAUGAUAUGGUUUACUAAUGUUUGAAGGGUAAAGUUUUUUGGCGUCCUCAGUCGUCAUUACAUAUUGAAAGGGAUAUUUCUGCGCUCCUUCAACUGUGUACUUUCUUUCUGUACGCUUUACUUAGUCUCCAACUUCAAAAAUUCUGAAAUUCGUCUUUUGUCUCUGUGGAUUUCACAAUUUCCAGCUUCUCUGUAUGCUUCAUUUUUCUGACUGCUUGUUUCCGUUCUAUUUCCCAACUCUUCAUCCUCCACUGUUGGUGUGAUCCAGUCAGGCUUUAUUGUGUAUUUCGCUUCUUCUAUGUGUUUGUUAAAUAUUUAGUUUUAUUGUAUACGCCUAAUGUUGGAUAUAUGAUUACAUAUUAUAUAUGCUCAAGCCAGGAUUAUAAGAUUCACUCGGGAAAGUAAUCAGUGAGUGUCAUGUAUGUUACGCUCAGAAUUAUUCCCACUGAUUGUCUUCAAUCACCUAAUCAGAUUUCAGCGUAGAUGUUACUCCCUCUUUUUCUGUUAUAGUUAUUCGUAUGGAUAUAGUGAAGAAGAUUUGUAGCUUAGGUGGAUAAUUUUGAUGUGGUUGUGUUCUCUGAGCUGGAUAGUUAAUUUGCGAAGCUUCCAUCUCCCAACUAGGCAACAUCUUCAGUGCAUACUUCAAUUCUAAGUGAACUUUCAAAUUUCUCCAUGGGUUUACUAAUCAUCUCUCUUGGUGACCUUGAACCUGACUGGUUGCUUUUGUCUGUUUUCACACCCUCUAGUCUAAUUGCAUUGGUAUUGAAUGUUUCUUUGACUUGAAGUUUGACAUUUUGUGCAUGAGGUAUUCCUCUUGUGGAUUGGUAAAUUUUACCCAUAUUAAUGAGUCUGUUAAUUUCCGAUUCACUGGAAUACCAGGUUUCUAAGAAUUCUCUAGCGUUCUUUGUGUUUCAUCUGUCUAAUAUUUGAACGUUGUCCCAGUCGAAUCGGUGUCCGUAGUUGUUUUUAUUCAGCGAAAUGAGGGAGUGGACAUCAUGUCUUUUGACGGUUAGUUAGUGAUCAUGGAUGCGAAGUUAAAGAGGCCAUUAUAGUAUUUUUCGCAGUCGUUGCAAUUUGUUGUGUAGAUGAUGUUGGUUUUAUCAUCUUUCGUUGUUGAGUCUUUUGGUUGACAUAGAACUGAAUGAAGUGAUUUUUUGGUUAAUGUGUGUAUAGAUGCGAAAAGGUGCAGAAUUGUAGGAGUACCUUGAAUUCUCUAUAAAAAAAUGUACACCUUUUUCAUCUUUCUUCAAAACCUACAUGUUUUGUUCGUCUACAAUGUUUAGAUAUUCCACAACACAUUUCUUUCCCCUUAUGAUUAAAACUCUGCAGACUAAAAUGUUCAGUAAAAGUUUUGGUAUUUUACUCGAUUGAAUUUUUUUAACUGCCUUUAGAACAUUAUACAAAUGCUGGUUUGCCCAUUUCUUGAUAUCCUUUCCCUCUGUCGUAUGUCGUGGAAAUAUGAGUCACUGGCUGAAGAGCUUGACUUUCAGCCAGUGAAAUCUGAGUUCACUUUCUGUCACACACACUGUAGCUCCGGUUACCGAGCAAUAUCUUCAUUCUUUUUUUUUUGGUAACAGCUUGAUUCCACACUGUAUCUUUGGUACAAGUAUGGAAUUUUC